GCCUAUCGUCUCUGCCCCCCACAACAACACUCUUGCGACUUUGGUCGCUCCUCCAUGGCGCGCGCAAUACGAGAAGUAUGGGCGCCAAAUCUCGAGGCAGAAAUGCGCCUUAUUCGAGAAUUAAUCGACAGCUAUCCCUAUGUCGCAAUGGACACAGAAUUCCCCGGGGUCGUGGCUCGCCCUAUGGGCACGUUCAAAACGUCGUCGGAUUAUCACUACCAAACGAUGCGCUGUAAUGUCGACCUUCUCAAGAUCAUUCAAGUAGGAUUACACUCGCGGACGAGAAUGGUGCGGGUCCGCCGGAAGCAUCGACGUGGCAGUUCAAUUUUCGGUUCAGCAUAAACGAAGACAUGUACGCGCCAGACUCGAUAGACCUACUACAAAAGUCCGGUAUCGACUUCCAACGUCACGACGAGAUCGGAAUCUCUCCCAACGACUUCGCCGAACUCAUGAUAUCGUCCGGAUUGGUGUUGUCGGAUGAGACGAAGUGGAUAUCAUUCCAUAGUGGCUACGACUUUGGCUAUUUUGUCAAGCUCCUGACAAAUGCGUCCCUGCCAACCACAGAAGAGGAUUUCUUCGAUCUUCUCUCGACCUGGUUCCCCACCGUGUAUGACAUCAAGUACAUGAUGAGGGCAUCGAACGCAUUAAAGGGCGGAUUACAGCAGGUGGCGGAUGAUCUUGGAGUCACCCGUAUUGGGCCGUCUCACCAAGCUGGAUCCGAUUCCUUAUUGACAGCAAGCACGUUCUUCAAAAUGGUGGAAAUCUAUUUUCAGAACCAAGUGAACGACGCAGAGUACUCGGGGAAGCUAUAUGGCCUGGGUCAAACAGUGACAAAUGGGAUGAUUGCUGAAUCAGGACGAGGGGGCAUGACGAUUGCUGAGCGGGAGGACCGGGCCAUCGCGCGCGAGACGCACAACCAGACACCGGGUCCCGGAUCCAGUCAGAAUGGUGUUGGCAUGGGCCUGACAAAUGGCGGCUUGUCGAGUCAGAUGGCCAACUCCUCGUAUUCGGUAAUGGGAGCCGCUCCUUAUCUUCGUCAGGCGAUGGUUGGAGGAAGAUGACCGAUGUUCCUAACAGGGAACCCAACUUCUUAUGCCAUUUCGACCUAAGCCGGUCAACAUGAGCGCACCGCAUGGAAGUCGACAGAUGUAAGAGAGCUCACGUAGUUGCUAGGAAAUAUGCCCUUGGCUCCGUGAGAGUUGACUCCUACGCAUGCCAUCAGCGUCUGGUGCGGCGGUCUUCGACUGCGACAGACUUGCCUUCCCACCAGCCAUCUCCGUAAUGUUGUCCUCCGCUUGGGCCUUCUGUGAGCUCGAUCAACUCACCCUCAGCGACUGAUAACUCGUCCGGGCCGUUUGCCGAAUACGGAUAGACCCCUCGCACUGCGACAUUCGUUGGUCGUCUUGACAUGUAGAAGAUCACGCACCAUACUUUCCGCUACCCUCGGCUGAGCUCGUAGCAUCCUCGUACGAGAUGUAGGAUGCCGGGACGAGACCCGCACUCUGGCCGUCCGAGACUUUGACCCAGCCCGACCCAUCGGUGUCUGGCUCCAGAACUUGCACAGAGGCCCCCUCUGGUCCGCGUCAAGGACGGUUCAUCAGAAGAGCGAGGACCGCACCAGACACAUGCAACUCAAACUCGGACGUUGGCGUAAAGUCAAACAAAACUCGAGCAGUCUGAUAUGUCUCCUCGUAAGUUUCCUCAGCCACCGACUGGACGAAGGCAGAUGGCGUGGGCGGUGCUAAGGAAAACCAGUCGCAUGCUUGCAAUUUGCUGGAACCUGUAUCCUUGUCUGGGCAUGCCGUGGACUUGGCACUCGCGGACGGACCUUAAGCUCGCAUUUAGAAUGGACUGAGAUUCCGCAUGCUUUCGUCAGCAUCGGGAAAUGCGGUCUGGGGCCAGAUCGCACCUUGCAGUAAGCACACUGUGUGGGUAUGGAAAACGAGGAGCUCUUGAACGAGUGAGGCUGUUGGUCUCCCUCGUCGUCUGCAAUGUGUGCUUAGACCGACUUCCGAUUGCGAUAGUUCGACUGUUCUGACCACCAAUAACGGCCGAAAUGACCUCCGCUUCCGUUUUCAGGAUACGUUCCGACGUUGCGUAUGACGUGAGCUGAUGAUUCGCUUCUAAAUAGCUCUGCCUUCAGUCAGCCACGCGUCAACGCUAGCGAGAUGAGCUGUCCUGCCUCUGAAAUGUCCUCUGCCUUUCCAAGUGAAUGAUCCGUGUCGUAAGCCACAAACAGCCCUUGAAGUUGAUCUUGCUCUCGUCCUGAAUACUUCAUCAAAUCUCUGCGCACCCUUGGCACGGCAAAUGGCAUACGUUUUCCGUCAAUCACCGGCGCUAGCUCCUUGAGUUUUGACCUGCAUCUGCUCAGUUUAUUUUGAAGGAAGACCUUCGGUGCAGGCUCGAUGCUCAUUUCUUCCUGGCAGAAGUUUCAGACCCAAAAUUGGCGGGUUUCACUUGCCAUACAGUGUCAUAGUGAGUUACACACGGCUCGAACUUCCAGUCGACAGGUGGUGUGAACGAGCGGAUGUUGUACUCAAUGAACAGAUUCUGGUCCUGAGCAGGAUCGAUUGCCUCAAUCGCAACUUCGACACCAGCUAGCCGGCCCUUGAGAGUGUCGAGAUGCGCUAUCUCCAAGGCCUGUGAAUGGCUCAGGAUUUCGGCAAAUCGUCUGACAAGACGGCCUUGGAGGAUCUCUGGGUCGAUGCGAUCAACAACUUUGAGUGUUGAGCCACG